UGAUGUGUCUCCCUGAAGACAUUUGAUGGAUUAAAGCUAAGCGGCUCCCUUUCGAAGCACCACCUGAUCUCAGUGCCCAUAGCCCAUAUAAAGGGGAGUGUGAUUGCUGAUCUCAGCUAGUCUGAUGGUCUCUCUCUCCCCCUCUCUCUCUCUCUCCCUCUGUCUCUCUCUUUCUCUCCUCCUUCCCAUCCCUCUCGCCUACCGCGCCACAGGAGCUAUCCAGUGCUGAACAAGAUCCGUUCAAAGACAGGGAGCCGAGCCACGUAACGCUGCUGGUCAUUUUUUUUAUUUUUUUGUGGUUGCCUUUUUUAUUCCUGUUUUUUUUUGGGGAGGAGGCUGUGUUUUUUUUCUUCCUAAAGUUGCAAACGGAUUACCGCCGCACUGUCUCACUUCGUCGAUCCGGGUUCUGCUCCUCUCCGUCUUUCAUGUGCGUUUCCUGGGCUCGCCUCUCCAACCCGCUGAAACAUGCCCCGCUCGUUUUUGGUGAAGAAGAUCAAGCUCGACGAUUUCUCGUCGUCGGCCGUGGCUGCCUCCAACCCCUACCACCAUCAUCUGGAUGACUCGUACACUUUCGCACGCUCCAUCACGGACUCUGUGACGAGCCUGGGCGUCCGGCUCAGUGAGAAUGGCUACAUCCAGGACUACAUCACGCCUACUGUGUACCAGAGCGAGAAGAAGAUGGAGCUCAAGCUGGCCUCGGCUGUCUCAGAGCCCAUCUACACUCAGGUGAGCAGCGGUGGUGGGGGGGAGGAGUACUGCGACCACGACAUGGAACAUCCAGACAGCCCACAGUCAGGCAUGACAGGCAGCGGCUUCCUGAGCCGGGAGGCCGAGGCCUUAACCGAGGGCUAUACCAUGGACGCCUUCUUCAUCUCAGACGGACGCUCGCGGAGGAAGGGAGACGGCGAGGCCCGCGGGGGAGGUGGGAGAAGCCUAGGGGGCGCCAGUGAGGCCCAGGAUACAGGUGCGAGCAGCGGGACGCCACGGCACACAUGCAACGAGUGCGGCAAGACGUAUGCCACCUCAUCCAACCUGAGCCGGCACAAGCAGACCCACCGCAGCCUCGACAGCAAGAUGGCACGCAAGUGCCCCACCUGUAGCAAGGUGUACGUGUCCAUGCCAGCGCUGGCCAUGCACAUCCUCACCCACGACCUGAAGCACAAGUGCGGCGUGUGCAGCAAGGCCUUCAGUCGACCCUGGCUGCUGCAGGGCCACAUGCGAUCCCACACGGGCGAAAAGCCAUUCGCCUGCGCCCACUGCGGCAAGGCCUUCGCCGACCGCUCCAACCUCCGCGCUCACAUGCAGACGCACUCUGCUUUCAAGCAUUACCGCUGCAAGCGCUGCAAUAAGACCUUCGCGCUCAAGUCCUACCUGAACAAGCACUACGAGUCAGCCUGCUUCAAGGGCUCGGCGGACGAAGACGACUCCGGCUCCGAGAACUAGCCGGGGAACGAGCGAAAUCCCUGUCUCUCCUCUCUGUCCUCUCCUUCUCUCUCUAUCCUCCAUGCCUUUUAUUCUUCCCCUCUCUACUUUUUUAGAAAGCAAUAUUUUCACUGAGAUUAAGUUGACGAAAAAAAAAAAAAACAGUAAUAAGAAUAUGAACAAAGAUGACAAAAGAUGCUGGAUUUUUUUGGAACAACCGCUACACACCCACACACACCUACACGCGCGCACAGAACGCGCGCGCGCACGCGCACACACACACACGUGCACACAUGCAAACACACACGCAAACACGUAAUUAUUUAUGAGGCCUCG